CCCGGAUCUCGCGGCCGUGCGGAGACACCUUGAUUUUCGAUUGGACCCCACAUUCGCGGGACGGACAAGACACGUCUGCUCCCUAAUCAUUCCAUCGCUCUGGAGGCCAGGACAGAACGACUCGGUAGCAGCGCUCUUGAGCUGCAAGGCUUGCUAGUAUAUAGCCAUGAUUGCUACCAGGCCAUUGCUUCAGGGCUCGACCGCCGGCCUCUUGACGGCAGCGGCGUCUCCCACUGCUAGGUCAGGCAGGAGACGCCUUCUCAACGAAGGACGUGGGAGCACAACAUCGCAAUCUUCACGCAGAGCUUUGACAUCCUCAGUACCUCGGACCGCUCCGCAAGUAUCGUCGCCAUCAGCAUCUUCGACCCGGGGCUCCGUUGCCGAACAAUUGGAGGACGACGAGGCCUAUUCUGCUCGCAUCGAGGCGAGCCUCUUUUCCCUUCCCCUCGUCCAAAAGCUCAUCGCCCUCAGCACCACAGAUGCCUCUGCCUCCUCGUCUUCGUCACGGCCGCCCAUCUUCAAGAUGCACAGGCCGUACGGGGGAGUCCCGCCUACCUCACUACAGCACCACAUGACUGCAGGCCUCAUGCGCAAACGCACAGGCUUUGCGACUUUGCCUUUGUGCUUCUCGCCCGUCGGAGAUAGCGAUGGCAGCGAUUCCAUUAGUGGCUCCAGCGCUGCACCUGUCAGCCAGACCUCAUCUUCCUUGAACCCACGCCGCACGUACACCAUCUACCACCUGGGCCCCUCCCUCUGCGGCCACCCUUCGAUUAUUCACGGUGGGCUGAUCUCGACUCUCUUCGAUGAAGCGCUAGCCAUUCCUGGUUUUGCUGCCUUUACUCGAACACGAGUUGGUUUGACGGCGAGCUUGGAGGUGCGAUAUAAGCAAUUCGUAGAGCCGCAUAGGUUCGUGGUGAUUGAGGCUGGGCUGGAGGAGGGGAGUGAGGGCAAAGGGGGAAGGAAAGCGAUGGUGAGCGGUGAAAUGAGAUAUGCCGACGAGGAGGAUGGGAAGGUGCUGGCGGAGGGUAAAGCGCUCUUUGUUGAGCCGAGAGAUGAGAAGCUCGUUGCCAUGCUGAGGAGCAGCCCGAAUGCCACGCCUUGAGCCAGACAAAGAUAGACAAAGAGAAGCGCAGAAGUGAAUGGAUAUUGAGUUGAGCACGGCACGAGAAGACAAGGAGGGGCAGGCGAGCGUGGACGCUGCGCGCUUGUGGAGCGGUGUGUGGGCGAGAAGGUUGGCGGGCGUAUGUAUGUACACGGGGCUUGUCGGUGCUCAGAGUAAGAGAGUCAUUGGGUGGCCAGCACACGGUGUUGAGUCGCGACGCCAUGGAAGAUCAGCUUCUUAAGCCGACGCCUCAGUGGGUCGUGUUCGCUGGGAGAGUGAAGGAAGUUUUGCCGGCCGUGAGGAGGAAGCCCUCAGCAAGA